AUGCGAUCCUCUGGUGUGAAGGUCUUGUCGCUUUCGGUUCUGUUGUUUUAGCAAUGGCCUCUCAUGGUAAAAUCUCAGUACCACAGUCUGUAAUUGUUGUGACAACUCGAUUUGCAGUUCUGACUGGAGCAGGGUGGAGUCUGUGCCGAUCACUCAUUUACCUUUUCAGAACAUAUUCUUUUUUGAAUUUAUUGUUCCUGUGUUACCCAUUUGGAAUGUACGUACCUUUGUUUCGAUUGAAUAAGGAUCCAAAGAAGUCAAACUUCCCACCGUCUGUGGCUAAUAUAAGUCCCAAUGAGACAGGAACAGUAGUUGGAAGAAGGAAAGAUUGCUUAACAGUCUUAAAGGAAACAUGGAAGCAUCAUACCAACCAGACGUACAGCAUUAACACUAUGCCAACCCAUGCAUGCUGCUUGUCUCCAGACUUGAUCAGAAAUGAAGUUGAACAUUUGAAAUUAGAUUUCAACUGGCGCAUGAAGGAAAUUCUGGUCAAUGCAAUGCUUAGUGCAUAUUACAUAGCCUUUGUUCCUGUUUGGUUUAUAAAGAGUACACAAUAUUACGAUAAGAGGUGGUCGUGUGAGCUUUUUAUCUUGGUUUGGGUCAGUACUUGUGUACUGUUAACGAGGCACCUAUUGCCACCACGUUAUUGUGACCUGCUUCAUAAGGCAGCAGCACAUCUGGGUAGCUGGCAAAAAGUAGAUCCUGCGCUCUGUUCUAAUGUACUUCAGCAUCCGUAA